CAAGACCGUAACUCUCCAUCUCGCUGCGCCAAAGAAAUAGAAAAGAAAAUUCCAAAGAAGAAGACGAGACCCUAACUCCAUCUCCAUCUCGCUGCGCCGCUGCUUCUCGCUGCGCCGCUGCUGCCACCUCCAUCUCUGCUUACAGGCUGCUGCUUCUGCCAAUCUUAUAGUUGGGACCCAUGUUUGGUUGGAGGAUUCUGAUGUAGCUUGGAUAGAUGGCGAGGUCUUGGAGAUUAAUGGAGAACAAAUCAAAGUCCUUUGCACUUCCGGGAAGACGGUUGUUGUUAAAGCCUCCAGUAUUUAUCAUAAAGAUAGCGAAGUUCCACCGUGUGGAGUGGAUGAUAUGACAAAGCUUGCGUACCUGCACGAACCCGGAGUCCUAAGUAAUCUGAGAUCAAGAUACGAAAUCAAUGAAAUUUAUACUUACACUAGGAAUAUAUUGAUUGCUGUGAACCCGUUCAUAAAGCUUCCUCAUUUAUAUGAUAGCCAUAUGAUGGCGCAAUACAGAGGAGCAGCAUUUGGUGAGUUAAGUCCACAUCCCUUCGCUGUUGCCGAUGCAGCAUAUAGGCUCAUGAUAAAUGAUGGAAUCAGCCCGUCAAUAUUGGUGAGUGGUGAAAUCGUGAAAGUGGUGCUGGUAAAACAGAAAGUAUUAAGUUACUCAUGCGAUAUCUUGCUUACAUGGGAGGGAGAGCGGCUGUUGCUGAAGAUCCUACCGGAGGAUAUAGACUGGGAAGGGUUUAAUCAGAUACCAAGUACUGUCGAACAAAAUGGACAAGACUGCGACAAUGAUAAUGCAGAAGAAAAAGAUCAGCAGGCACAUGAUAAUGAACAUUCAAGCCUUUUGGAUACAUCUGAUGGAAACAAUGAAAAGGUGAAGAAGUCUGUAAAAAAGAUUACAAUGUGUAAUCAAACUCAAAUGAAGCAGUAGAAUUAUACAACUACAAAUUGUCAAAGGGGUUUGAUACAAGGCGUACAACUGAAGCUAGCUCAGGGCUAUGUUCUAAGAGUUCUUAGGUUCAAACUUCACAAGCCGUGAAGCUGAAGUUUAAGCUUUCAAUAAAGUAAGAGGCUGCCUGGAUCUCAUGUGACUUUUCAUUGAAUAGCUCCUUGCAGCAUUCACUUUCAGCUUCAAUGAGCAAAUGCUUGGUUAUCCUCCCCCGAGGGAAAAGUGCGCAGGUCCAAAUUGCACUAAUGCUUACUAGUAUCGGGAUUCCAAGUCAAAGGUUCCUCUUUGCAGUCUUGGUUAUUACAAGGCAAUAGAAGAAGACUAGAUUUAGACAUGGGAAAUGCAUGGAUUAAAUAGUGGAGCAAAUAUGAGAGGUUAUUUAUUUAGAGGUCAUUUGACAGUAAAUUGUGUUUCAAUAGUGGAUUAAAUUAUGUUUCAUCUCAUGGCAAUUGAAACUCUUUGUACAUUUAUUUAGAGGUUAUUUAGACACUAAAAUAAUUUGUAUUCAUACAAUUAUAGUAAUCAAAUUUUAAAUUCUUUAAAA